AUGAAUGUUGAUGAUAUGAAUAAUUCUAAUCCCCCUCCCAUGUCAAAAUUGGAACAAUUGGCAAGGAAGAGAGCUCAACAAAGACAACAACAGCAACAAAAUAUUAAUCAAGUAAAUAAUUUAACUGCUAUAGAAAAAAAACUGUCGUUAAAGGAUAAAUUAGUUGCUUUAAAGGAAAAAAAACUAGAAACUACUCAACAAUCAAUUACAAAAGGAUCCACACUUUUACAAAGUCUAAAAGACAAAAAAAUAUUAACUAAUACUAUUGGGAAGACUGAUAAGACCAAUAAUUCAACUAUUGUAAUAGAACAACGAGCAUCACAACCAAAAAAUGAAUUCAGUUUAUCUACAAGAUUACAAAAAAGCACUGUAAAUAAUAUUCUCACUACAACUGAUAAGAAUGAUAAAUUUUCAAGAAUAACUGGUUUAAAAACAUCUAAUUCUUCGUUGAGUUCCAAAUUGGAUCAUAUUAGGAAAAGAAAACAAGAGGGCAAAUUGGAGAAAAAUAUAUCUUCAUUGUCUAAUAACCAAAUAGCCUUAACUGAUCAAACUAAUAAUAAUGAAAAUAAUGAAAAUAAUAAUUAUGACAACAACAACAACGACUCUAUAUCUGGAAACUCACAAUCUAACUUAUUGAUCAAUAUAAAUUGGAGUAAAUUUGAUAAACUAACAAAAAAAUAUUCCAUAUCAGCUGAUUCUAACUUAUCUUCAACUACCAAUAAAGGUCAGUUUAUAAACUUUAUUCAACAGAAAAGUGAUGUAGCAAACAAGAAUUACAUAACUAUGACCCAAGCAAUUAAGAGGAAAUAUACUGAUAUCUUUUCUAUCUUUGAACCAUUAGAUUAUGUUAAAAGACAGAAAUAUAGGCAAAAUUUCAUGGAAUCAAGUCCAGAUGAUAUAAUUCUUGAAGUGCAAUCCAAAGCGUUUGAUGAUAUGAAUAAGAAAAUAUCAAAACUAAAUAUUUCUAAAAAAAAUAAUAUUGACGAUAAUGAUACAGAAUUACAGUUACCAAUUAAAUCAAGGACAAUGUUAGAUAUUCAUCAAUAUUUAUUAGUGAGACCUAAUAAUUUAAGAAUUUCAAUACUAGGUCAUCAUCUAUCAGGGAAAUCGACGCUUAUGGGAAGACUACUAAUGGAUUUUAAAAAAGUUGAUAUUGAAACGAUAAGAAAAUUGAAAAAUCUAUGUAACAGAAACAAAAUUGAAAACAAGCAUACCUAUUUAACUUGGUUAUCCGAUGAUUUAUCUAUAGAAAGAUCAGUUGGCUAUUCAGAGAUAUUACAUAAACAUGAUAUUUGCAUUAAAGGUUAUGGGAAAUUUACCUUUUUUGUGAAUCCAAGCAAACAGAAUGUUAACUCAGAAUUGAUAACACAAAUGUUUAAUAACGAUAUUGUUAUAAUGGUUAUAGAUUGUUCACCAGAUGGGUUUGAAAAAGGUUUUAAUUUAAAUGGACAAACAAUUGAAUUUUCUAUAUUAGCUAAAUUUUGUGGUUGUAAACACAUUAUUGUUGUUUUAAAUAAGAUGGAUACUGUUGAUUGGUAUCAAGGUAGAUAUGAUGAAAUUGUAAAUGAAUUGAAGACAUUUUAUGAUACAAUAGGAUUUCAUCAGGAAGACAUAUCCUGGAUACCUAUUAGUAGUGUUACUGGUGAUGGGAUAGUUAAUAAAAAUACCUUAUCAGAUUGGUAUCAAGGUUUGUCUCUUGUAGAAACCUUAAAAAAGAAGAUUAAAGAAUUUUCAAAAGAAGAUCACAAAAGUCAACAAUCAAAGCAUAAUAAUGUUUUGGAUAUAAGUAACACUAACGUCUCAGUGGGGGAUCAAAGGAGUCCUGAAGAUGAGUUUUAUUCUCUUUCGAUUAAAGACAUCGACGUAUCUAAGAAUGAAAUAACAGGAUGGAUUAUAAACGGUUGUAUUCAGGCUGGUGAAUCUAUUAGAAUAUAUCCCUUAUCCAAAAAUUUCCUAGUUGAUGAGAUUAAAAAUGAUACAGACGAAAAGCAAAUUGGGUUCCCAAGUUCAUUUGUAACGAUGAAGUUACUUUCGUCGACAUCUAGAAAUGAAAAAGGUUUACUUGAUAACAUUGAGAUUGGAGAUUUUGUUACAUCACUUUUGUCACCAGUGACAUUAAUGAACUCAAUUACUAUAAAAUUAGAGAUGAUAACUAUUUUAACAAAUCUAACAAUUGGUAUGAAGUUAAUUAUUAACAGACAAAUGUAUACUAAUACAGUAAAAAUAUUAAAGAUGAAUAAAGUGAAUAGUAAAUCCAUAAUCGUUAUUGAAUGCGAACUUUCAAGGCAAGAUACGAUACCAUAUUUCGAAUCAGUGAAUGAAAGAGAAAAUCUUAUUAUCAUUAGAGUUUCAGGGACCAAUAAAAUUAUUGGUUUGGCCAAGUUAAUUAAAUAG